UAUGCGCGAAUCACCGCUAAAGAGGCAGAAGAUACGGACGCGAGGGGUAGGCUGUGAUCCGAGCCCGGGAAACACCAGCCAUUAAGGCAGGGCUACAUCGCGCCCACCUCCGACUCCUCAAGGGCAGGGCCAUAUCCUUCCUUUACUUAGACCCUCCCAGGGCAGGGCCCUGUACCCCUCGGACUGGGAAUGUCCGUUCCUAUCAGGCACAAAGUUAAGUUCCUCUUCACAAGGGGCGGGAGCGAGGUCUUCUCGCCGAGGCCCGGCCCCAGCAGUGGGCUCGGUCUGACGUCACUGCGGUGUGGCUAAGGGGACAAUCCUCUCCCUCAGUCUCGCCAACUGCCCCCCUCACGGACGCCGUAAACGCCCACCUUGGGGCACCGGGAGAGAAGGGGAGCUCAAGGUUGGAGAAGCCACCCGUAUACCCCUAGGAGGUGCCUAGCGGAGGCCCCAAGCCCGAUGGGGUGAGGUCUCGGCGAAGACUUCGGGGAGCCGGAACACGUGCGCAGGGGUCUUUAAGACCUCGGUCGCCAGUGCCGCUGCCGCGGUUACUAGGGAUGUGACGUCACGCGCGGGCGGGGGCGCCCGCGUCCGGGCGGAAACGGAAGGGGCGGGGCUCUGCGGGCAGAGUCUGUGUGGUGCUACCGCCGUAGCCGCCGCUGGUGCCGCCGCCGCUGCUGCUGCUGCCAGAGCCGGAGCGGGCUGGGCCGCGGAGGCAAGAUGGUGGACUACAGCGUGUGGGACCACAUCGAGGUGUCUGACGAUGAAGACGAGACGCACCCCAACAUCGACACAGCCAGCCUCUUCCGCUGGCGGCACCAGGCCCGGGUGGAGCGCAUGGAGCAGUUCCAGAAAGAAAAGGAGGAGCUGGACAGGGGCUGUCGCGAGUGCAAGCGCAAGGUGGCCGAGUGCCAGCGGAAGCUGAAGGAUCUGGAGGUGGCCGAGGGCGAGGGCAGCAGGGCCGAGCUGGAGCGGCUGCAGGCCGAGGCACAGCAGCUGCGCAAGGAGGAGCGGAGCUGGGAGCAGAAGCUGGAGGAGAUGCGCAAGAAGGAGAAGAGCAUGCCCUGGAAUGUGGACACGCUCAGCAAGGACGGCUUCAGCAAGAGCAUGGUCAAUACCAAGCCUGAGCGGGCGGAGGAGGAGUCGGAGGAGGUGAGGGAACAGAAACACAAAACCUUCGUGGAGAAGUAUGAGAAACAGAUCAAGCACUUCGGCAUGCUCCGCCGCUGGGAUGACAGCCAGAAGUACCUGUCGGACAACGCCCACCUGGUGUGCGAGGAGACCGCCAACUACCUGGUCAUCUGGUGCAUUGACCUAGAGGUGGAGGAGAAAUGUGCGCUGAUGGAGCAGGUGGCCCACCAGACCAUCGUCAUGCAGUUCAUCCUGGAGCUGGCCAAGAGCCUGAAGGUGGACCCCCGUGCCUGCUUCCGGCAGUUCUUCACCAAGAUCAAGACUGCUGACCGUCAGUACAUGGAGGGCUUCAACGACGAGCUGGAGGCCUUCAAAGACCGCGUGCGGGGCCGGGCCAAGCUGCGCAUCGAGAAGGCCAUGAAGGAGUACGAGGAGGAGGAGCGCAGGAAGCGGCUUGGCCCCGGCGGUCUGGACCCCGUCGAGGUCUACGAGUCCCUCCCUGAGGAACUCCAGAAAUGCUUUGACGUGAAGGAUGUGCAGAUGCUCCAAGAUGCCAUCAGCAAGAUGGACCCCACCGACGCGAAGUACCACAUGCAGCGCUGCAUCGACUCCGGCCUCUGGGUCCCCAACUCCAAGUCCAGUGAGGCCAAAGAAGAGGAGGAGGCGGGUCCCGGGGACCCCUUGCUGGAAGCCUCCAGUCGGGGCGACGAGAAAGACGUCAGCGCAUAACCCACCUCAGCUGCUGCCCGACUGCCUGCAGGCCCCUGUGCGCCCCUUUUCAGAAAACAAAAAUAGACACCAUCUCCCCAGCUCCUGGCUUCCUCCACUUUGGCUGCUCCCACACCUAGCCCGGAGGGGCCUGCCCACCCCCCUCCACUGACCCCACUCCCUGAGCGCUCAUCCAAGUCUGCUUUGAGUCAAGGGGCUUCACUGCCUGCAGCUCCCCCACUUCAGCAUUAUGCCAAAGGCUUGGGGGUCCAGGGAGGGGUAGAGGUUGCCAGGCUGGUCCACAGGGUAUGGGUGGGGUCCCCAGCUGAGGGCCCUGCCCCAGUCACUGUGGGCUCCCGUUUUCACUGUUCAUCUGCUGUUGAGUCUCCUACAUAGUAAACAGCAAUUAUCUUCCAAUAAAGGAUUUCAGAUGCUCCGCGAGA